CCUGCUGAAGGUCUUUUUGGCACUGCUGUCGCUACUGCCACGCUGGGGACUGGGGCUCUAGCUACCCUGGGACUGCUGGGGGCUGUUGGCAUAGGCGUGGCCCUCAAGAAGAAGUAUGGUGGCUACGGUGGUGGUUAUGGUGGCGGAUACGGGGGUGGUGGCUAUGGGAAAGGAAGUCAUGGUGGGGGUUAUGGUAAGGGAAGCUAUGGUAGUGGGUAUAGUAAAGGUAAUAAUGGUGGCUAUGGCAAGGGGGGUUAUGGUGGAAACAAGGGUGGUAGCUAUGGUGGUGGCUAUGGUGGCGGUCAUGGUGGUGGCUAUGGUGGUGGUCAUGGUGGUGGCUAUGGUGGCGGUCAUGGUGGUGGCUAUGGUGGUGGUCAUGGCAGUAGCUAUAGUGGGUAUGGUGGUGGGAGUAGCUAUGGCGGGCAUGGUGGAGGACACAGCGGUGGAUAUGGAGGUGGAGGGCAUGGUCAUGGUGGAGGCUAUAGUGGGGGGUAUGGUGGGGGCUUUGGUGGGGGAUAUGGUGGGGGAGUCGUGAAUGGUGGGUUUGGUGGUGGGUUUGGAGGAGGUAACAGCUUUGAGGUUGGGUAUGGCAGUUUUGAGGUAGGGCAGGGUGGUUAUGGAAAUGGGGGAGUAGGGACCGGAUAUGGCGGGGGAGUGUUCCCAGUCCCAUUAUCACCUGCAAGACGCCGGCGAGAUAUACAACAGGAGAGCAUCAACAAAAACCAAAGUAACAACAAAAAUAUCAACGUGGAAAGAGAAGAAAAAGAAAAUCGAGAAAAAAAUAUAAAGCAGGAGGAAACGGAAGAAGAGGAGGAGAAAAGGAAGCAGAAUGGGGAAGCGAAUGAGGAAUUGAAGAGGAAAGAGGAGGAGAUUAAAAUGAAACUCAGGAACCAAGAGAAGCAAGAGGAGGAGGAAGAGGAAGAGGUGGAGUCCCUUCUAUCGGAGGAUCCUCUUGGGUGUGCUCGCCUGCUGUUGUGUGAGUUGUCCUCCCGCCCCCCGGCCCUCCUCGCGCCCCCACACCAGGCCGUGCUCUCCUACGUCAGAUCUGAAGGCAGCAAGGGCUUAUAUGUGAGGCCUCAGAAUGACAAAGCAAAACAAAGUGAAGCAGGUUCGGGCCUUGCUAACCUGUGGAUGGCUUCUGAGGAGGGUAGGUUAGGUGCCAAUUGCUCUAAAAUCUACCCACGGUGUCCCUUCAGUGCCUCCGGGGUCAUGGCAGUGGUCAGAGAGGUUGUCGAGGCCCCGUGAAGCACCUAAAGAAUUAAUACGAAGCUUCGUUUACAUAAGUCGAAGAUUGUUCAAAUAGUUCAUAUCGGUAAGAGAAAGUGCGUCAGUAAUUAGCACCACUAUCUUCACUUCUACCUCCUCUGUGUGUAGUCUUAAGAGUUAUAUCUUAUACAGACCUUUGCUUUAGUUUAAGUCUGAUGCGUGUGUAUACAAAUAUGUUUCUGAGUGUGUAUUUAGAUGGUGUUUCUUGUUGUUGAUUAAUAAAAAUUUAGUUAUA